CACUUCCGCUGUUUUCUGAUGGUGGGUCGAAAACCGUGUGAUGUGGAGGAUCCCAGCUGACACAGAAAAGAGAGACAACAUUCCACAAACAAAUAUCUGAUAGCUUCUGACUGCGGUCGUUUCUAGUACAUUUGUACUUCCCAAUCGACACCAUGAUGGAGGUUUUAACAUCUGCACAGCUGAAACGGCUGUCGGAACACAAGUACAGUUCGGAAGGGACAUCCAUUUUGGAACCACCUAUGCAAGUGUUUUGGAGGUGGCUUAUUGAACAAAUACCUACCACAUGGGCUCCAAACACCCUGACGAUCGUGGGUUUAUUCGUCAACAUCCUGUCUACCCUCCUUCUCGUUUACUACAGUCCUGAUGCUAAACAAGACGUGCCAUCAUGGGCGUACUUUAUGUGUGGUUUGGGGCUGUUCGUCUACCAGUCGCUAGACGCCAUCGAUGGCAAGCAGGCGCGGCGCACCAAGUCCAACACCCCUCUCGGGGAACUGUUUGAUCAUGGAUGCGACUCAGUAUCAACGGUGUUUGUCAUGCUGGGCGUGAGUAUCGCAAUGAAGCUCGGGAAGAAUCCAGGAUGGAUGCUGUUCGAGAACUUGACAGCUAUGUUUUUAUUUUACUGUGCACACUGGCAGGCCUACGUCUGCGGCAAACUCAGGUUUGGCCCCCUGGAUGUCACGGAGGGCCAGUUUACAGUUAUGUUUGUGCAUCUAGUUUCUACAGUCAUGGGAGAUUCGUUCUGGGAUAUACAGAUCCCCAUUUUAGGAAUUGAGAUGAAGAUUUUAGUGAUAUUAUUCAGUCUGCUGGGGGCGGCAGCAGCGUCAUAUCGCACCUACUUGUGUGUCAUGAAGGGCGGCGUGGGCAAAAACGGAUCCACUGUUGCUGAUACCAGCACCAUCUUCCCGAUGUUCCCCAUCGUCCUGGCCGUCGUCCUCGGCACCCUCAUCCAGGCCAAGUCCCCCACCCACGUCUUCGAGCGGCAUCCAUGUCUUUAUAUAGUAAGCUUUGGGCUGCUGGCAGCAAAAGUCUCGAACAGAUUAGUGGUGGCAAAUAUGACGAAGAGCGAGAUGAACUUGCUGGAUUCGGGGUUGAUAGGACCCGGACUGAUGUUUCUAAACCAGUACUUCAAUAAUUUCUUCAAUGAAUACUUCCUGCUGUGGAUAUGCUGUUUGUAUGUGACGGUGGACAUAGUGAAAUAUUCAUACAUUGUUUGUCAAGAAAUCUGCGACUAUCUUGGCAUUUACUGCUUCACAAUCACCUCAAAACCCCCACCUAAAUCAACUAUCAAUGGCAAGGAGAAGAAAAGUUGAGAUGCUCUCGCCAGCUGGAAUUACCUCCUUUGUUAUUUUCGUAUAUUUAUUGAAUCAUAGAUCAGACCCUGUGUCGUCGCUAUUUGUUGAUUUUAAUCCAAACUGAUCAAAUGUGCACCUUGUGUAUGUGUUGUUUGAGUGGCUCAUCAUCCGGUAUUUCUGUAGGUUGAGAAGCUUGUCAUAUAUGUGCAUAGUUUUUGUUUCAAACAUGUUUUUAGUCCUUAAUUUAUUGUUAAAUCAAGAUCGGAUGAGAAAAAGGUGCCAUUGUCAUAAGGUGUAUCUUCAAAUCAACAUCAAAUAGGAAAAAUGCUAAAAUGUGACUGUUAAGAGUGAAAAUUGAUUCAUGAUUGUUGCAAUUAUCUGAUAUUCUUAUGGAAAAAUGAUUACAUGUUUUACCCUAAGGGUAAAGAAUUAAAUCUGUAAGCAAGAGAGCACUCCCAACAUGGGUGCAUGCUAAAUAUAGAUUCAUUUGAAUUGUUCCAUAUUUGGUGGGCUCCAUUUUUUUACAAAAUACACUCUUGCUUUCUUAGACAUGUUGGACAGGAAUUAGAUUGCUGCAGUUUGCUUUUCAGUAGAAAAUGGUAAGGUAAGAUGGUUGGUGCCCUGCUGUGGCUGGCUGUGUACAGUCUAUUAAACAUACUUUUUAGUCAUAAAAUAUUCCAAAUUGAUUUUAUGGUCAAAGCUAAUACAGGAAAAAUAUCACUCUCAAUGCAACCCUGAUUUUUCCCCUUAUCUCCAAUCAGCAACAGUAGAACUCACUUUAACAUGAACAAGGGAUGUUGUAAUGUUGGAGCUAGAAAUUCAGGAGUGGAUUCAACAGUAAAUGUUAUAAGCCACAACUUUAGAAAUGGAUGUUUCUGAUUUGUCAAUGUGAGGUUGUCAAUGACAAUAGCCUACCUCUUGUAACAACAGCUGCUUAGAAGGGGCUCAUCAUGUUGGAAGUUUGAUAAAACCUAUACUUAUUAGGGCUUAAAAAAGGAAAAUAAUUGGUUCUCAGGCAAUGAAUUUUGAAAAUAUAGUGCAGGUGGGUGGUUGUUGGUUUGGUUUUUUUGGCUUGUCCAAACUAGUAUGUAACCAAAUAAACAGUUGUGUACCAUCCACCUGGGAAAGGGCCUCCCUACACAAACUCCUAUUGCCACCAUGACCAUAACACGAGACGUGCAGUAAAGCAGUACGCGUGUAAAGGGAAGUAACUGUGUGCUAUAUUGGAUCGCAUUGUUUUGAAGUAUUGGGGUUUUAAAAAAAAAAUUAAAUGGAAAUAAAAACAAAAUGUGUGCCAGACUUUCUGAUGAUAUGGGCGGUGCCUGAGAACCAAGACUAUUAUUUUUUUAGCCUAGAAUAACACUUAUUGUCUUGUAUUCUGCUACCUCACACCAAGCCAGAAAACAAACAUGUCUGUCAAUUACACGAACAAAGCAUGGAUGUUUAUCAUGUGUCCACCGCAUUCCUCAUGGUGUACCGUCACAGUGGCAGGAUGUGACAGUCACACUAUCCAAUGUGUGAUAGAAGUAAAUUUUGAAAUAGUUUUCAAGAAAUCUUAUUAAAGUGAGUGAGUGAGUAUGUUUUUACACCGCUUUUAGCAAUAUUCCAGCAAUAUCACGGCCAGGGGACACCAGAAAUGGGCUUCACACAAUUUACCCAUGUCAGGAAUCGAACCCGGGUUUUCGGCGUGACGAGCGAACGCUUUAACCACUAGGCUACCCGACCGCGCCCCUUAUUAAAGGUUUCCAUCCAAUACGAACAACACAAUUGUAUGUAUUUUGAGCCAUUUCUCCCAGACCUUGACAGCAAUCUCAUUUAAAUCUGAUGUUUUACUCCAAUAAGGCUAAAAAAAAAUAAAAGAAUUGGUUCUCAGGCAAUGGCUUUUGAAAAAAUCAGGCAGGCGGGUGGACUUUUUUGGUUUUUUUAAAAAUGGAAAUAAAGACAAAAAGUGCAGAGAACUUUAUGAUGAUGCGUGAACCUGAGAACCGAGACUAUUUUUUUUAGCCGAAGAUCUGAGGACACAGCCAUAGAUAGUCAUGUCAUGUGAACAGUGAGCGCCCAAUCAAAGGGAAGGAUCAGGUUGGCUGAUUUGAAAGUUCACCUGAAGCGACCUUCUAUGGAUUUGAAUAAGAUUGGCCUUAAUAGUAGUCGUGUGUUUGAGGGGCCACACCCACAACCCGGGAGGCCUUCUUUAAGACCCCCCGGGAAUGUUGCUACAGUGCAAGGCCAUGCUCCCACGCUCACCUGCUGUCUGUUACUCUCAACUUGGACGGACAAGUUUCAAGCUGAUCAUUAUUUAUCCUGAUAAAAUUGUGAGAAUUAUUCUGACAGUGAAGUCAUGCUCAUUACCUCCUAUUGUGUGUUGCCAUGGUUACAGCGAUCUCUCUUACAGCAUAAUAUCUUCAUUAAACAUAAUAAAUUCAUCCAAUGAUUUAGGAAACUGAAUAAUUUCUGCUUUGUUGUUGUAAUUGGGCCACUCUGUCACAAAAAACAAAUCUGUUUUAUGGAAAUAUUUUUCAUUUUUCAUAUUGCAUUUAAGCUUGAACUGAUCAGGGUUUUAUGGCAAUUUUUGUAUGAUACUUUCGAAGAGUUUAUUAAUUUUAUGUUGUACGUGUAUCUAGCUGUUUUUUAUCUGUAACUGAUCUAUUGUAUGUUAUGUUGCCAUGGUUACAAUUGUAGUAGGACUGUAACAGGACACACCCUACAGACACAUCAGGAUACAGGUGUCGUGAUGCAGGUGUUGGAUAUUCAUACAGAAUACCAACCUUCAGAGGCACCCCAAUUCACUGGGUAGAGUUGCAUCCCUUUGGUGUGGCAGAAUCCUAUAACACAAGAUUAAGAUCAGAAUUAGGGUAACAGUCUGGUUAGAAUCGGAUAGGGUCAAGGUCAAGGUCAGGGUAAAAUUCAGGCCGAGGCUCUUUCUGACCCAGUUUAUUAAGGUGUUAAUGUUGUCACUAUUAGUCAAGCAAAAUCAUCAAAAGAUAUUUGCAAAAAUAAUAACUUUUCAUGUCCCCGUCUUCCCCCAUCUUAAUUAUAUCACGACGGUGCCACCUUGUUACAGUCCUGCCUUGUCGUGGCGGCUUCUGCAUGACGGACAUAUUUUUGAUUGAUGUUUGACAUUUUUUCAGGGAUGGAGGACUGCUACCAUAUUUUUGUUCAUAAUUUUGUAAAAAUAUUUUUGUAUUGUCAUGAAUCAUUGAUCACUUUGUUUCCAAUAACUAAUUAUGUUGUUUGAUAUGAAUACUAACUCGUAUGUCAUCCCUUUUUAUGCAAGAUUCUGUAUUUCCAGAGAUGAGAAAAUAACCGACUUCUAUACGUCUUUCCAGUGUUUAAUCCCAGUGAAUGUAGAAUACUCACAACUAUUAAUACGUAUUUUACAGUAGUGUGUUAUUGUUUUAGUGUGUGUUUGAAGUGAAUUAUUAGAUGAUCAUAUAAAGAUAUAUGUGACCACCCUGAAGUAAGGGAUCUCAUGGGUGACUUGUUUUGACUUCUUAUUUAUUUUAAGAAUACAGAAUUUCAUGAACAUAGGAUACAAUUCACAAGCAACAAUUCAUAUGUAUUGCAGAGAAACAUGGCAUCAAACAUUUGGACUCAUUUCCUGCAAAAUCCCAUGGUCAGUAUUGAAAUAGUAACUGUUGUUUGUUGUGAUAAUUAAGAUAUCAUCAUCAUGACUGAUUAAUCGAAAUUGGACAUGUCUGCUGAAAUGUUUUGGAAUAACGUUUUUAUUACACUGUGCACAAAGGAAUCCCAUUUGUAGUCUUGAAAUAGUAAUUGUAAUAAUUUAGAUUUCGAACUAACGAGAACUAUAAGAUAUUUGUGUACAGUCCUCAUACAUGGCGAUUUUUAGGGAAGUAAGUUGACGUCGACCCUCUUUCUUUAUGACAUCACAUGACAAUUGUAUCCUGGCACCCAUGAAAUUCCGGUUCUCCAGAUGGUCACGUGUGUGGAGACGUGUAUGCUGCUGUUGCUUCAUGUGCUGACGUUAGUUUGACGAGGCUGUAACAUAUACACCUUGAAGAAAGUUAAGCACCACCACUUCUUUUGUAUUAGUCCUAUGUCCUGAACUUGAUGUAUCUUUUUGGAUAGCCUAGUGGUUAAAGGGUUCGCUUGUAACGCUGAAGGCCCUGGUUCGAUUCUGCACAUGGGUACAACGUGUGAAGUCUAUUUCUGAUGCCCCCGAUGAUAUCACAGAAAUAGUUCUAAAAUCGGCGUAUUGCCAUACUCACUCUUUCACUCAUUGCAUGUAUCAUUUGGAAAUAUCUGUUACAUUUGCUGCUUUUGAUAAUGUCAAAUUGACCACUCAUGUUUGACAGUAAGUGCACCAGCACCAGAUGGGUGCACGUGUACCGAGUCCCGUCACGUGAUGCAUAUAAGCCAGUGAAGGGGAAGUCAGAUAGCUAUUGCUGUGUCGCAGUUACAGAACAUAUCGGUUGAUGAUCAGUUUCGGUUUCUGUAGUGUAAACAAAAAUAAAUGUGUCGGUGAAAUUUUAAGAAGAUGUGAUUUUCUAUAAACUUUUAGGCAACGGUGCUUAACAUAUAUUCAGGUGUAUGUUUUCCAACUAAUUUCACUAUUGUUUCUUACCUGAUUGUUUGCAUGACUGUGUGGUGCAGUGUCCUGUUUGUUGUGCCAUCAUGGACGUAGGUGCAAGGUUGUUUAGUGGAAAAAUAAUGUUUAAGACCUGGAAAUAACGAUUGAUUAAAAUAGAUGAGUUGGUUGUCGGGAAGUUACUUUUUACGAAGUGUGAUGAUGGUGAGGGUUCUAUGACUGGAGGGCUGGGGUGGUUAUUGGUCUAUUCUAAUUCAUUGCAUACGAAAAGAAUAAUAAGCAUUGUUUUAGGAGUCAUGAACGUUCUGUUUUUACUUUUGCCUUGUUUGGCUUGUGGCUGCCAUGGAUGAUCUAUCCUUGCAUGAUGUUGAUGCCCUGCACACUUUCUGGGUUUAAUGCAGGAAAUAUGAAUUGUUGGACCCAUCUUUCAUUUUACUGAUCUGUUACUUCUUUGAGAAGCAUUUAGAAGUUUGAGUACUAAGUAAGGCUAUAUGGAUGAACAACUUUAUUCCAAUUAGGAGCAACUUGCUUGAUAACGGUGUUAGAACCUACACCGAAACUUAGCUCCUAAUUGUAAUAAAGAAGUUCAUCCAUAAAUCUUAUCUUUACUUACUUAGCUGUGGUUAUUUGAAGUAGAAAUAAAGGGAAGUGGGUAAUUUAGCUUCCUUGCACAUGUGACUGUGUACAUGUAUAUUGUGGUGGGUGUUGCCAGUCAGAGCUGGUCAUAGACAGGGAGUCACAGCGGUAGGUGACAGGUUUUAGUUCAACUGAAACACUGCUGCUGUUUCGAGUCUGUGUUUCUAUGGGACCAGGGUUUUGCUCAUCCAUACUUAACCAAAACACAGUAAACGCCAAAUGAAAUAAUGUCGUGGAAUACAAGCCAGUGUCUUGACACUCAGGGUAGAAGCAAAGAAAUGGCCCUACUGGAAGCUUGUACAGGUUAUGGCAUUUUUCCCUAGAUUAGGCGCUUGUUUAAAUACUAGUCUGUGAAAACACUCACAAGACGAUACUUCAGGCAGAUCUUAUGAGUGUUCGAACAUUGUGGUGCUCUCUGAUGUAUUCUGUGGGGUUGAAAUCAGAAUAACUGUUUUGAUGAUCACAAAGUGACACACGUUAUAUCGAGGCAAAGCCUGAGAAGAAUCCCAGCCCUGAAGUGGUUAUUGCUCCAUCGUCUGGGUGAGAGUUGUAACGAGAUCAACGCAGAGAUCAUAGCACUCUAAAUUUUCUAUUCUUGCAACCAUCUUUUAACAACAAUCCUUGUAUGUUGUUGUCUCACUGCACAAGCCAGGACCCUGUGCCACAAAACAAUCUUAGUGCUACACCCAUUGUAGGACUGUUAGCGUUACCCCAUUGUUACAACUCAGAUCAUCGUAAGUCUAUCUUAACCCAGUCACAAUUUUAAGCCUGUGUUACAACUCUGACCAUCGUAAGUCUGUCUUAGCGCAGUCACAAUUGUGAGUCUGUUACAACUCUGACCAUCGUAAGUCUGUCUUAGCACAGUCACAAUUGUGAGUCUGUUACAACUCUGACCAUCGUAAGUCUGUCUUAGCGCAGUCACAAUUGUGAGUCUGUUACAACUAUGACCAUCGUAAGUCUGUCUUAGCGCAGUCACAAUUGUGAGUCUGAUAUAACUCUGACCAUCGUAAGUCUGUCUUAGCGCAGUCACAAUUGUGAGUCUGUUACAACUCUGACCAUCGUAAGUCUGUCUUAGCGCAGUCACAAUUGUGAGUCUGUUACAACUCUGACCAUCGUAAGUCUGUCUUAGCGCAGUCACAAUUGUGAGUCUGUUACAACUCUGACCAUCGUAAGUCUGUCUUAGCGCAGUCACAAUUGUGAGUCUGUUACAACUAUGACCAUCGUAAGUCUGUCUUAGCGCAGUCACAAUUGUGAGUCUGAUAUAACUCUGACCAUCGUAAGUCUGUCUUAGCGCAGUCACAAUUGUGAGUCUGUUACAACUCUGACCAUCGUAAGUCUGUCUUAGCGCAGUGACUGAGGUCCAUGCAUUUCUACUUGAAAGGUUAUUGUCUCACUAGAUUGGUGUCUGUCCUACUUACCAAUUUAGAAAUAGUCUGUGAUGCUAAUGUGAUA